AGCGACAAGUCAAUCUGUCCCCAUUUCACCAUGAUGCUAACCAGCUGGUGGGUAUCCAUUGCAGCGAUGGUGCUGAUCUCGUUGCCGGCGGUCGCCGGCGAUCUGCCGAUGACGAUGGGGCUCCCGGGCUGCAACACCACCUGCGGCAACGUGAGCGUGCCGUACCCGUUCGGAAUAGGCCCGGACGUGUGCUACUUCCCGGGAUUCAAGCUCACCUGCGACCACGGAAGCAAUCCCACGCGGCUACUCCUCGGCGACGGCGGCGCCGACGCCUUCGAGGUCCUCGACAUCUCCCUGGAGAACGUCACGGUGCGCGUCGUCAGCCACAUGAGCGGCGGCCGAUGGAGCCUCGGCGGCGACACCAUCGGCGCCGGCGGGUCGCCGUACAUCCUGAAGCCGGAGUCCAACGAGUUCAUCCUCACGGGGUGCGACGUGCAAGCAACGCUGCUGGGCAACGGGAGCAUCAUCAGCGGUUGCGUCUCCUUCUGCGCCACAAUCACGGACGGUGGUGGUGGGUACACCCAGUAUUACCGGCCAGAGGGCGCUGACAUCAACUCCAUGACCUGCUCCAACAUGGGCUGCUGCCAGUCGUCCGUCGUCAUCGGCAGCGCAUCCUACGGCGUGGAGCUCAAGCGGCUCAACAACAGCCUGCCCGGCGAUUUGGGCGUGCAUGUGCUCAUCGCCGAGGUGGGCUGGUUCUACCCGAUGAUGUUCUUUGAUCUGAGCCAGAAUUUCAUGGAGCUUGCCUCGCGGGCCCCCGUGCUUCUCCAGUGGGCGGUGGCGCACGGCGCGGCGCUGACCAAUAACGAGAUGGGGGCGUGCCCGGGCGACGCUGCCCUGAGCGUCUGCAAGAGCGCCAACAGCAACUGCAGAGACGAGUCACAUUUUACCCUCAAGGGCUAUUCGUGCCAGUGCAAGGAGGGCUACCAGGGCAACCCUUACCUCACUGGCGGAUGCCAAGAUAUCAAAGAAUGUGAUCGGAAAGAAACAUAUGGCUGCUUCGGCGACUGUGAGGAACUGCCGGGAUCGUUCCGGUGCUGGUGCCCGGAAGGAACCAGCGGCAACUACACCAUGGCCGGUGGCUGCGUCAAGUCUGCAGACAUAAUCGCAGGUAACUUAGGUUUAAUCAUUGGUUUGUCGGUUGCUAGUGGUCCAUGUAUUCUACUCUUGGUUCUUGGCGCUCUCCUAAUAAGCCGCGAUCUUAAGCAACGCAAGGCAAGGGCGUUGAGAGAAAAGUUCUUUAGUCAAAAUCGUGGACAGUUGUUGAAGCAGCUGGUAUCUCACAGGGCAGACAUCGCAGAAAGGAUGCUCAUUUCCUUAGAAGAGCUAGAGAAGGCCACCAACAAUUUCGAUGAAGCUCGUAGGCUCGGCGGUGGAGGGCAUGGCACCGUAUACAAAGGGAUCCUGUCCGACUUGCAUGUUGUGGCCAUCAAGAAGUCAAACAUUGUUGUCAAAAGAGAAAUCGACGAGUUCAUAAAUGAGGUUGCUAUACUCUCCCAGAUCAACCAUAGAAAUAUUGUGAAGCUCCAUGGAUGUUGCCUCGAGACACAAGUCCCAUUACUGGCUUACGAGUUUAUUUCCAAUGGAACGCUUGGUGACCAUCUUCACACGGAAGAACCACGGUCACUACCUUGGAAAGCUAGGUUAAGGAUCACAAAUGAAAUAGCCAAAGCUCUUGCUUACCUUCACUCUGCCGUUUCAGUCCCCGUGAUACACAGAGAUAUCAAGCCUUCCAAUAUACUUCUUGAUGAUGCCUUAACAGCAAAAGUGUCAGAUUUUGGAGCUUCAAGGUACAUUCCGAUCGAUCAAACAGGAAUAGCAACGGCAGUGCAAGGAACUAUAGGGUACUUAGACCCUAUGUAUUAUUAUACAGGCCACCUCACCGAAAACAGUGAUGUUUAUAGCUUUGGGGUCCUUCUUGUGGAAUUGCUUACUAGGAGGAAGCCCUCUUUGUAUAGAUCUUCUGAAGGCGAUGGCCUUGUCAUGCAAUUUCUUACACUACUUGCACAUGACAAUCUGUCUGAAAUACUAGAUCCGCAAGUUGUAGAGGAGGGAGGUGGCAAAGUCAAAGAAGUAGCUACUAUAGCUGCAUCGUGCAUUAAAUUAAGAGGAGAAGAACGACCGACCAUGAGGCAAGUGGAGAUGACGUUGGAAGCUCUUCAAACACCCAAUGAGAGUGUGAAUGAAUUGAUAGAAGAAACAAAUGAGAAUACAUAUGCAGCAAUGAAUUAUCUACGGACCAGCAAACGAGCAAAGCAAGGCGAAUCCAGUAGGUGUUAUAGCCUAGAAGAGGAGGUCUUGCUAUCUGCGAGAUACCCUCGAUAGUUUUGCUUAUUUGUGUGGCAAAUUUGAUCUAUGGUGUAUAUGUAGUCAUCAUAAGUUUU